UCAUCCUUCGCAACGCGAGCGUUUUGGCGGGAGGAAAACCCGUCCUCGCUCCGUCUCUGCAUCUGCAAAACUGAUAAAAGCGAAAUUAGGAUUUUUUAUUUUUUUUUCCUCCUUUUCUGCUCGUUAUUGUAUUGCAGGAGCUGAAAAUGGAAGAAAGCUCUAGAAAAAGAAGCAGAAAAAGCAACAGAGGCUACGAAGAGAACACCAUGGCCAUCAUCGACUCCUCUGGAGUGAGAGAUGCUCGAGAUGUCGAAGAAGACAGACUUUCUUUCUUGGAAGCUGUUCGCUCCGGUUCAAUCGUCUCCGAAAACGGGUCGUUUCCCACCAGGAAAAUGUACGAGGCAAUUUUCCAAAUGCUCAAGGAUGAGAAGUCUUUAGAACUCAUGAUGGAAAGUUAUCAGCUCUUACAUCAAUUGGACAAGCGGUUUCCUCGAGUUUAUUCAUCCCAUGAGGACGAGUCCGGAUCAUCUGAUUGUACAUCAGUUGAGCUUGUCGUGGUUGAAGAGGCUUGGUCACCAUUUGUUGUUGGCUUGGAAAAUGCUUAUUCUGACAAGGGUGCAGCUUCCAGAAAUUCCCAUGAUCCAGUUGACUCCGAUAGAUUUUUUCUCCUAAUACACGACCUUGCUCAAGCAGUUAGUGAAAUGGAUUCCAAAUUGCCGGGGAGAAAGGCCCUGAGGGACAUGUUGUUGUUUCAGUAUCUUGUCAGCGUUCUCGAAGGAGAUUUCUUACCUCGCAGCACUGUAUACAAAGAAACCAUGAACUGGGCUCUCUUAAGGGAGUCCUUGCUCCACAUUCUUCUGGGCUCACGAAACUUCAAAAGCUUAAUCAAAGAAUGCAUACCCAUUAUAUUGAAAAGAUCCCAUCAUCAUGUUGAUAUCAGUCCUCAUGAACUAAAAAAUGAAGAAACGGUCCAUGAUUGUGAUGUUGCUCUGGCCAUUUCUGUGAUGGAACAAGAAAAGCGAACACACAUCUCUAUGCACAAAUUUUUUACUCUUAUUAUGGAGCUUGAUGUAAUAAAGAAGGAAGCAGACUCUCUAGGUUGUACUUCUAGAGCCAGUGGUUUGAGUCGAUGCAGAACCCCUCUGUUGGAGGUCAUUCUAGGUGAACUCACUUAUGAUAAAGAUCUUCUUUCCCCCUUUCUUGAGGGAUUUUCUGAACCCAAGUGGAAGUUGGAAUUAGUUCUGGGUUACUUUUCAAAAUAUUACACAAAGCCUUCCACUCGCACGCGGAGUUCAUGUGAUUCUCCAGAUGGUGCAACGUUUGAAAGUUUCUUGAAAUGCUUUUCUAAUAACACUAGCAGUAGAAGCAUCAUCAGAAAAAUUGGUACCGAAGUAGUGCAGAUUCUUUUAGCUCAUUCUUUCCAGGCCUAUCUAUCUAUUCAACUAGGCCAGAAAUGCAUUUCCAGUUCUGAUCAGAACACUGGAAGUGAGGCUCUUGGGAAAAUAUGCAGUGACAUGAUUUCUGCUUUUCAGAAUCUCAGACAAUUUGAUGAGUGCACUCUUUUAUUUCUACAUUUGGCAAUGAAAAAUACACGACUUUGUACUAUUAUGUUACUAAAAGCAGGCAGAAUGGGCUUGUCAACUAAUAAGGGCAGUUGGAGGUCAUGCCUUUUGAGAAAGAAGCGUUGUUUACUGCAGCUACAAUUCUCUCGACAAUUUCAUAGGAUCCAAGUAGUUUCAUCCAGAUCACUUUAUCCUUGGCCCCAUGGUAGCUUUUUGGGGAGUCAUCGGCACACAACUGAUUGCGUUGUUAUUUCGGUGGUGGUAAUGUGUUAGCAUUUUGCCGGACAACUUUGUAUUUUGUGACAUUUUUAUCCGUAUAUAAGAGAUGUUCCUGUGGACGAGGCAGACAUGGCAUUGAUAUCAAGCACUUGGUGAAGGGUUUGAGUCAUGUAAGGAUGAAGUUGGGCCCCAUUUCAGGACUCUGGCUCGGGCAUAACCCAAAGACCACAAUGAUCAGAUGGUCCUAAGCGUCUGGUCUGCUGCUAUUAAAUGAAUGGCUAAAAUGGAAAAUGGUAAUCAGUAGAAAUUAAACAAGCCUUGGUUUA